CGUUAUUUGUUUGUAUAUUGCGGGUCUGCUGUCUGAUUUCCGGGUUUCCAAAGUUUAGACUGCACUGACCGAUUGCAGAGCUCACACGUUCACGUCAUAACACCAGACAUACGAAUUUAUUUAUAACUAAAAAAAAUAAAACCAUGGCUACAAUGGAUGAUUUUUUCAAUAAAGUGCAAAGAAAGCAUCCCACAAUUCUCGAUGACUUGCGGGAAAUUUUCAAAAACUCCCAGAGCGAUUCACCGCAGCGGUCUAUUACUUUAUCCCAAAUACGUGCUGCAUACAGUCAACGAACUGGCGAGGAUUUUCCCGUCAAGGGAAGCACGCGAACCCAAAUGUGUUUUGUCCUGACAAUCCCCUAUAUCGCCUGCUUUACCAGUCGAAUUGGCACAUUGCGAUUUUUCACCUUCGAGGCGAAUCAGGAAUAAGGGAGCAUACGAAAACCUCAUCUAGUCUUACCCGUGCAAUUUCUGUAUACCUAUUUAUUAUGCAAUACAUAUUUAAUACAGUACUCUAAAUUAUAUAAUAAACAUCAUAAAGAUUUAA